CAUCUAAUGAAAGGCAAAUUCACUAAGGAGCAGAUUGAUCGGUUUGGAUCAGUUCUAAACGACACAAAAGUACCGUUGAAAGCUCGGUUUCGAGCGUUGUUUAUCCUUCGGAAUAUCGGUUGUGACUUGUCAGUGAAGUGGAUUUCUAAGUGCUUGCAUGACGACUCGGCUUUGUUGAAGCAUGAGCUUGCGUAUUGCCUUGGUCAGAUGCAAAAUAAGACUGCCGUUCCCAUUCUUAUAGAUGUUUUGAAGGAUCACGAUCAAGAGCCCAUUGUUCGUCAUGAAGCUGCAGAAGCUCUCGGUGCAAUCGGAGACAUGUCAGCUGAGAAUGUUCUGACGGAAUUCAGGAAGGAUCCAUGCCAAGAAGUAGCUGAAACAUGUGAACUAGCAUUGCGCAGACUAUAUUGGAUCAGGAAAACUGGCGAUAGAACUGAAAGUCCAUACCAGAGCAUUGACCCAACUCCGACGGCAUCUAUGGAUGACGUUGCUGAACUUUGGAAUACUCUCGUAGAUAUUUCAAAAUCCCUUUGGGAUCGUUAUUGCGCCAUGUUUAAGCUACGAAAUAUCAACACCGAUGCCUCCAUCAAAGCUUUAGCACAAGGUCUUUAUUGUGAGGACAGCGCUUUGUUUCGACAUGAAAUAGCCUACGUGUUGGGUCAAAUACAAUCUCCUCUCGUUAUAAAGGAGCUAAAGGACCGCCUUUGUCUUUCUUCUGAGAAUUGUAUGGUUCGUCAUGAAUGUGCUGAAGCGCUUGGAACUAUAGCGACUGACGAGUGCAUUUCAAUACUGCAGAAAUACAUCAAUGAUUCUGAGCGAGUAGUACGUGAGAGCUGCGAGGUUGCGCUGGACAUGGCCGAUUACGAGAACGCUGGUGAAUUCAACUACGCUGUUGUAGAGGCAUGA